ACGCUUCAUUUUAUGUGAUUGUUAAGAAUUACUUCAAUACAUCAUAAAGGUAACUGUAUACUUUGAGGGCCUUGUUUGCCAGCAACUCCCGAAUAAUGUACUCCACGCCAACUAUUUUUGUUAUGAGGGAAAGCCACGCCAAACACAUCUAUAUAAAAACCAUGACCGGCAUACUGUGCUACGCUUGUGCUAAUUUUGCUCAACGACAAGAUGGAUGUUCCAUACUCAGGUCAAUAAAACCCAAGAGGAUAACAGCUGUCAAAAAGGCUCGUACAAUUUACCAAAACCGCUCAUCCAAUAUAGCUGCUGAACCCACUACAAUUAGCACUCCUUAUCCCAGCAAAUACUUGCGUUUUUACUUCUACAACACUCACCAAUAACAUCUGCUUGCUCAAAAGAUGAAUUACUAUUAC